AUGUCAGUGCGACAAAGUUUCCAACUCCGCCCCUCGGGAUGGGAACACGAUCCUGCAGAGGAACGAUUCAAACUCUCCACCAUUGAUUACACGCUCAACUGCGCCUAUAACCAUUACGCCGUCUUCUUCCGCAUGAAGGAUGCAAGGAAGAUUCAGGCUGUCGAUUUUCUCAGAGCCGGGCUCGAAAGAACACUCAGCCAGGCACGGCACAUGUGCGGUACCAUUGAGGCAGACCCCGAAGGCGGGUUUUCCUUUGUCAAGAAAAGGGAUUCAGCCGUGCAAUUUGUUGUUCAUUGCCUGCAUCCCCUUGGUGGACAUCCAUCUCUCGAUGACAUUGAGAAAGCCCACUUUUCCGGCCGCAGUGGGCUGCGCGAUAUCAACUUGUGGGGCAUACCGGAAUUGACUUGGGGCGAACGACCAGAGGCCGAGCCGGACCGCAGCCCAGUGGUAUCAGGAUACCAAGUCACUUCGACCAAAGGCGGCCUGGUCCUGAGCAUGCAUCACCACCAUUAUUCCUGCGACGUCAUGGGAUGGAAUGCCUUUACGCGCCAGCUAUCUGCAAACUGCUAUGCCGUUGCCAAGUCGACUAGCUUUCCUCCAUGGGAUGCUGCAUGCCUCGAUGUCUCGCGCUUUACCAAAGACGUACCACAGAACAGCCUCGUCGAAGGACCUCCUGUAGCGCAGAAACACCCCGGUCACGUGGAGCAGCAGGCUGUGCUGUUUCAUUUGCCCAAGAGCAAAGCCGCCGCGCUCAAGGAGCUGGCAAAGCCGGCAGACUCUGCGUCGCCUUGGAUAUCCACAUAUGACGCCGUCUGCGCCUACAUCUGGCGGAUGCUGUCGCGUGUGCGGGCUCCCCACUACAAGACGGAUCCCUCGACGGUUCUCUGGAUGGGCGAAGCUGUCAACAUGCGGCCUCGUCUCAGCAACCCGCUUCCGGAGCGCACAGUCCGCAAUGUCAUUGCCGGCGCAUUCUCGGAUAUGGCCCCUGUCGCGCCCCUCACGGCUGGAGAGGUCAUGUCGGAGGCACCGCUCUCCACGCUAGCCGUUUAUAUCCGGCGGUUGACGGAGAGUUGCAAUGAAGGGCAUUUCCUUGGCCUCCUUGAUGCGAUAGCGGCCAUCAGGAACAAGCGAGCGUUGGCCCUCUGUCUCGACGCCCGUCCGCCCAUGAGUAUGUUUGUGACCGAUCACCGCUCGGCCGACAUCAGUGACUUUGACUUUGGCUUCGCAAAGCCCAUUGCAUACCGGCAUUUUUGGGGAGACACAAAGUCGCCAGGCGUCAUUGUCAUCUAUGCCCCCGUGCGGUCGAGCGCAAACGCGGAUGAGGGCUGGAUGUUUACACUGACAAUGGAAAAGGAGCUGGUGCCCAGGUUGAGGGAGACUGCAGAGUGGGCCAAGUACUUUGAAUACCGGGGAAUUGAUUAG